CUUUCAUGCUGCCAAAGAGCAACCCCAUGUUUGACGGUGCCUGAGCGACGUUGCAGCUUCAUUCGAAUUUCGUCGGUGUUUUCUUCCUUAUCUAUUGCUUUGCGCUGCAGGUAUCCGGAGCCUAGUGGUGGAAGCGAUUGGUACGCGGUCGCCGAUCUCCGCUUUGAGGCUAUACAGCUGUCCUCUGUCAUGUUUAGAUAACGAACAACCAUACGAUUAAUACAGUGGCCGCCGGAGUCGAGGCUUUCGACUUGAACGAGAUGUCCGCGAGCCCGCGAAAGUCGAUCGAUAGUCUUGCCUCAGGCGCAUCUACGCCUUCGUUAUCACACCACUCGUUUAAUUUGGACUCCCCCCGGGUUCCGCCCCAAAGAGCCCCCCUGAGGCGAGGGUCGACAGCCAGUUCGGUAGCUAGCAUUGGGGGCGUUCUUGAUUCGUCUCACCACCAUGGAUCGAUAGCAGAAUCGGGGCAGAAUGCAAUUUCUACCCUCCUUCAAUCUCCGAUUGUCCGUACAGGACUGGUCCCCCAUACCGCCGUAUCGUCUACCGGAUAUAAACUUCCGACCUCUCGAGAUAUUCCCCCAGUUACGUUAACGAAUAUUCCUCAUGUCGAGGGAAAGGUCUUUCAGCCGUAUCUGUCGCAGGUCGGGUCGUUGUACGAUGUAUUCCAGCUGGCAAAAGAAACUCCGGAUCAGGAUUCGCAACUGGCGCGGGGAAACAAGUCCGCUUCCAGGCAGGAGGAUAACGAAUCUCUAAAACCAAGGUCAAGGGAACGUCGUCCAUCAGUGAUGUCAACCAGCUCCCGUGCAUCCUCACCAUACGACAGUAAGGGUAGGAGACGGUCAUCCGCUGGACGAGGGCGAGGCCCCGCGGUUACCCCACUAUCUACCAUCCCACCGGUCUAUUUCGACGAUGCCUUUCACCUUGAGAACCCUCGAACAUUUGAUGUUGUAUCAGAGAAAUCAGAGGUAGUCAGGCCGCCAAAUGAAGGUGGGGCAGAGCCAGCUCCUACUGGAAGAAAGGCGCUUGCUACAAAUGCCAUCUUACAGGAGAAGCUUUCUUGGUACAUGGACACAGUGGAAAUCCAUCUCAUUUCAUCUAUUUCGACUGCAUCCAAGUCUUUCUUUACAGCACUAGGAUCACUGCGUGAGUUGCACUCAGAGGCUGCUGAUUCCGUAAAAAGAAUACAGGUCCUGCGGAAAGACUUGCAGAAGAUUGAUCGAGAAAUGGCUCUGGGUGGUCUUAAGAUAGUCAAUCUACGACGCCGACGAGAGAACAUCCGAAUGCUCGCUGAUGCAGUAUCCCAGCUUCGAGACGUGGUUGAAUCAGUUGCUCGGUGUGAGGAAUUGGUCGAGAGGGGUGAGAUUGACGAAGCUGCGGAUAGUCUAGAGGAGGUUGAGAAACUGAUGGCUGGGGAGCAUACGGUUGAGCAUCCUGGCGAGGGCGAAGAGCAAGAACACCCGAGAAAGCCGGUCGAUCUACGACGACUGAAGGCCCUUGAGGGCGCCUCAGAUGACCUUGGACAACUACGAUAUCGGAUCGGUACGGGCUAUGAGAACCAGUUCUUGAAUGACUUGCUGGGGGACUUGAGGCAACACGUCGAAAACGCUCCAUCGGACGUUACAAUACAGCGAUGGGGCUUCUCGUUUCAAAGACAACGUGGGACUCCGCGUCCUGGUGCUGCCACAUCCCCUGCAUAUAUGACCUUUGACGAUCAAUUGAGGUCAAGGUUGUUCCAGCAACUCACUGGUCUCGCGCGUGCAAACCAUACGACUCCUGCGGCAACCUCCUUUAAGACAGCGGUGCUUCGGGAGAUGAAAGCUCUUAUUCGCAAACAAAUGCCUAGCUCCAGUGACGAUGAUAAUGAGUCCAUGGUUUCGGUAUCCACCCACAGGUCUCAGCAGCUGAGCCAGCAAGAGAAGUCAUCAAUUCUUGCCCGUAACCUCCGUGCUCUAGACUCAGGUGAUGCGUACAACAUGUUGGUUCGAGUUUACACUGGAGUCAGUGAGUCACUCCGGAGACUCAGUGUUCAAGUCAAGGUGCUUCUUGACAUCGCAAGUGGCUUGGAGACUCCCCCGCCAACUAAGGGCUCAAACCCGGCGAACAAGAGCAAUGGAACAAGGUCCAGAUCAGAAAGUGGCGCAGCAGCUGCCCAGGAAGAAAUAUUACAAGUUCUGGAUAUGUCUAGCCUGCUUGGACAAGCGGUAGAUAUUGCACAGUCUCAGAUAACCAAGGUGCUCAAGGUGCGAUCCGAGCAGACAUCCCAGUUAUCAAAGGAAGACUUCUUGAAGUACUUCACACUUAACCGGCUAUUUGCCGAUGAAUGUGAAGCUAUCUCAGGAAGAGGUGGCACAGCUCUGAAGACAGUCGUUGGAAACCAAAUUCGAGACUUUAUCAACAAAUUCAGUGAGAAACAAAGGCACAGCCUUGUCGAAGUGAUGGACUCGGACAGAUGGGACGCAAGAGAUUUCGAUGAAGCUGAUGUGGCUAUCCUUACAAGGAUCCUCGAUGCAAGCACAAGGGACAUCGAAGCUUGGGUAGAUGCCUCAAAGAUUUGGCUCUCGGAUAAGAGCCAAGAGGGUACAUCGAAUUCGUCAGGUGCCAAUGGCACCGGAAAAGACAAGGUGCGGACUGCAGUUAUCGACGAGCAGAAGUACAUACUUUCGCAGUCUGCAGUGGCAAUGAUGAGAAGCAUCCAAGACUUCCAGUUCCUCAUGGCCAAUAUUCCCAAUAUGAUCCAGGACAUUGCGCCUAGCCUACUGGAGUCGCUGAAAUUGUUCAACUCCCGGUCUUCCCAACUCAUUCUUGGUGCUGGAGCCACAAGAAGUGCUGGCUUAAAGAACAUCACCACGAAGCACCUUGCCCUUUCCUCGCAAGCUUUGAGCUUUAUAAUUGCAUUGGUUCCAUACAUCCGGGAAUUCGUCCGUCGCCAUGCGUCGUCUAGUCCUUUGAUGGGCGAAUUUGACAAGGUGAAGCGACUGUACCAAGAACAUCAAUCUGGAAUCCAUGAAAAGUUGGUCGACAUUAUGGGCUCACGAUCUGCCGUGCAUGUCAAUACAAUGAAGAAGAUCGACUGGGAUUCGACCGCGGGAUCGAAUAACGUGAACACAUACAUGGAGACCUUGACAAAGGAAACCGGCACGCUGCAUCGUGUUUUGAGCAAGCAUCUUCCAGACAUGACUGUCCUGAUGAUCAUGGGCCCAGUCUUUAACAGCUACCGGGAGCAGUGGACCAAAGCGUUUGAAGCAGCACCUGUCAAGUCUCAAACUGGAAAGCAGAGGAUGCAACGAGACGUCGAGUACUUUCACAGCAAGAUGAGCAAGAUAGACGGCUCUGGGAAUAUCGGCGAACGCCUUCUUGAGCUGGUCAAAGGAAAGACCAUCGCGGCAGAGGCCAAGGAGCAGGCCUCCGGCAAAGCCUCGUCGUCAUCGGAUUCGACAGAAAAAAGCGACGGGGCAUGAAUGGUGAUGAGUUGACUGUUUUAUACAUUUUCAUCGCAUAGGUACCCUUGGAUUUGCACCUAGAUUUCCUAGGACUGUACAUAAGAUGAGCGAGUUCUUUCAUUUUCCUGGGCGUCUAGCGCCAGCAUUUUAUUAUUGAUUUUAUACCUGCAGAGUCAUCAAUUAUAAUUAGACUCAUGUCCUACUUGAACGAACCAAUUGAGUAGUCGACAAUAUGUAGAAAGCAAAGUGGA